UCCCUUAAUUUUCAAAUUUUGAAAGUUGACAGUUAUGCCCCGACAUAAAUCUUGGCUACGCCCACGGGCGCACACAACAAUCAGGAAGCCUUUCCGUUUCUAUGAAAACGAAACCUAAAAAGCAGCAGUUUCUGGGCAGCCUCCCUCCUCCGUUAAGAGCUCCUCUGGAAGAGGAAAGAGCUUCGUGGGAAGACAAGGAUGGCUCAGGGGACCUCAGCAUCCCUCUCCGAGAGCCAGGAGAUGGGUGAAUUACAGUUCCUCUUGUGUGAGAGUUGCCAGGGGGAAGUUCAGAGCCCCAAACUGCUGCCAUGCCUUCACAACCUGUGCACCCAGUGCCUCCAAGAAAACCAGCCCAGCGGUCACUGUGCCAUAUGCAGAUCCCCAUACUCUCUCCCUGAACUGAAGCCCAACAUGCUCUUUGCAAACCUUCAGUCCCAGCUGAGCAUCUUCCAGAAGAUCACAAGCCAAGAUCUGGCCUGCAGCUGUAGCUCUGAGAGAGAGGCGGUGUUCUGGUGUUCCGAAUGUGACUGGCACUUUUGCGACGGCGUGUGUUUCACAAACCACGAGAGAGUCAAGAAGAACAGCCUCCAUGAAGUCAAAGCACUGAAGAAUCUCCAGGGCAUGUCGAGCGCAAAGUUCCUUGCAGAGACCAGAAAGCAAAGUGUCAUGAACUGUCCCAAGAAAACCCACAAUAACGAUGCUGCAAGAGUCUAUUGCAAUGAGUGUAAGCGGCCCAUGUGCGUGGUUUGCGCUACGCUGGACAGCAAACACCAGAGCCAGCACUGCGAAAUACCAGACGAAAUCAAGCGCAUGCAAAACGAGCUGCAGAGCAUGCAAAGAGAGCUCAAGAAAAGCAACCACAGCGAAGCCUACCGCAGCCUCCAGGAGCUGGUGGCAAGCAUGGAGAAGACGAGGAACGAGACGAGGGAGCUGAUCCAGCAACAGAUUGGCAAGAUGGUGAAGGUGCUGCAAGAAAAGGAGGCCAAGUUCCUAGCAGAAGUGGAGGACCAGCACCAGCAACAAGUCAAGGAUGUAGAGAGAAGGCUCAAGGACGUGGAAGGCCUGGUCAAGAGGAUGGCAUCCAGCGAGCAGCUGGUGGAGAAGAUGCAGCUCUACGCCUCUGACCAGGUGGUCUUGGAGAUGCAACCCUACAUCAAAAGUUCACUGGAGAAGCUCAGAGAUAACCAGCCACCAGUUGUCAAUUUCCAGAUCCAAGCGAGGGACUUUGCAGAGGUCAAGACCCAGCUCCAGGCUCUGUAUGAAAGAGUGACAAAGGCCAGAGAAGCUGUCCCAGGUGGACCGGAAACUACACCCAACCAGGGAGGGUCUGAAAAACAGCCUCCCCGCCAUCGCCUUAAUGCGGUGGCCAGAAAGACAGAUGCCAGCGACCCAGAUAGCCCCAGCAGCAGCAACUCAAGCACCAGUAAUCUGGGCCACCUCCCAAAGUCGCCAGCAAAGAGGAACUAUGCCUACCUGGAAAGGGCUGUCCAGACCCCUACAAAAGUGGUGAAAAUGGAACAUGAUGACGAUGGUGCCAGAUCCAGGCAGCUGCCUAGCAACAGGAGGCUGGAACAAACUUGGACCAGUUCUCAAUCUCCAGGAUGCUCCCCUUCCAGAGGGAGCAGGGACAAGGCAGGAGAAGGCAUGGACAGCUCAAAGUGUCCCCCCAUGUCUGACCCAGAGCUGUCUGAGCCAGGUGAUGCUCCUGUGAGCAUUUCCUCGGGAGACGAAAUCACCGACGACGAAUCUGUGGAAUCUAGCUUGCUACAGGACAUCAGGAACAGAUCACAGAAUAGCCAGGAAGAAUGCCUGAGGCAGGAGUUUCAGUUGGGGCAAGGGACCAUGGUGUUCUUCGACCUGAAGCUUCUACCGGGAGAUAUCCUGCACCUGGUUGCCCUAGCAGAAGAAGCAUACUGCUGCUCUGUCAUGAUCCGGCCGCUGGUGCCUUCCUCUGGCGGAGAUGCAAGAAGCAAAUUCUCCGAGACUGGGCUGGAGGGGUUCCUCGACUACGUCUGCUCCCUCUCCCUGCCCAUUUUGGUGGGGUACGACAUCUGGUCUGUGGACCAUCUCCCAGCCCUGGUUGGCGCCCUGCAAGCUAUCAACAAGGAGGAAAGAUUUGAAGCCUCCAUCUUUGGUUUCAUCGAUGCCUUGCCCCUCAUUAAGGAGAAGGUCCCAGAGUUGCCCAGCUACACGCUGAAAAGCCUGGACUACACAUAUCGCUGGGGUGACCUGAACGACACGCGGGCCGACGACUGCGCCAAGGCUCUGAAGGAUUUGUGUACUGUCUUGGAGGUUAACCCUGUGAUGGAGAGAAGGACAGUCAUUGCCUACUCCAACAUACAGUCCUACGCCUCCCUGCGACCCCUCAUGUCGCAGAAGCUCCUCUCCGAGGCCUCUGCAAAGACCUUGGCGCUGCACAAUGUCUGCCUUUCCAUGCUCCAGCACAUCUAUCAAGAGGACCCAGAAAGGGGACUGAGCAAAUUGUGCAGGUUCCUGAAUCGCCACCGAAAGGUCACGGAGGAAAAAAUCCAAAAGCUGAGCAAGAUUCGCUUCUACUUCCAACAACUGCAGCCGGCAGCUUGGCAUCUGCUGCCGGAAGCAACCUCAUAGAAUCUUAGAACUGGAAGGGACCCAAGAGGCA